AUGGCCGACUUUGAUUUAUCAUCCACUUUUAUUCCCGCCCUUCACAAACCUUCCUCGUUACUACCGAUAGCUCAACAUCGUGAAAGUCUCCUUUAUCUUAUCGAGACAUAUCCUGUUACUAUUGUUGUUGGACAUACAGGUUCGGGAAAAACAACACAGAUACCUCAAUAUCUUGAACAAGCAGGAUGGUGUGCAGAUGGGAAACAAAUAGCUGUCACUCAGCCUCGUCGAGUGGCAGCAACUACCGUAGCAAUCAGAGUUGCAGAAGAAGUUGGAUGUGAAGUAGGUAAAGAGGUUGGAUAUUCAAUUCGAUUUGAAGAUGUCACUUCUGCUGCGACCAAGAUAAAAUUCUUGACCGAUGGACUUCUUUUACGAGAAGCUCUGGUCGAUCCUUUACUAUCACGUUACUCGGUUAUCAUGGUCGAUGAAGCUCAUGAACGAUCAUUGAGUACUGAUAUUCUUCUGGGGGUUCUCAAAAAGAUUUUGAAAAGACGUCCAAAUGAUUUGAGAAUCAUCAUAAGUAGUGCUACUCUUCAAGCUGAAGAUUUUCUAAAUUUCUUUUCUGAUGAUACAGAUGCGGAUGUCAAGCCUAAAUCUGAUGAUGCAAUAACUCUUGAUGAUUUGAUCGCUCAAGGUAGCUCUUCAGCAAUUAGCCCAAAAAAUGAUGGGAAAAUUGGUCAAAUUAUUAGUUUGGAAGGUAGAAUGUAUCCUGUUGAUCUUCUCUACCUAGAAACUCCAGCUGAAGAUUAUCUGGAAAAAGCCAUCGAUACAGUCUUUGAUAUCCACACCAAGGAACCAGAUGGAGAUAUCCUAGUCUUCUUAACAGGAAGAGAAGAGAUAGAUAAAGCUGUCCAAGCAAUAUCGGAACGUGCAGCAAGUUUACACCCAAGAUCACAAGUUCUUAUGCCACUACCACUUUAUGCUGGACUCUCAACCGAACAACAAAUGUUUGUCUUUGAGCCACCUCAAGAAAAUAUCAGAAAAGUCAUAUUUUCUACGAACAUUGCAGAAGCUUCCGUCACAAUUGAUGGAAUCCUCUACGUUGUAGAUUGUGGCUUCGUAAAACUUCGAGCUUACAAUCCUAUUACCGGAAUCGAAACGUUAACCGCAACAUCAAUAUCCAAAGCAUCCGCAACCCAAAGAUCCGGUCGAGCCGGUCGUACCAAACCCGGAAAAUCAUUUCGUCUUUACACAGAAGCAAACUUUCAAAGCCUAGAAGAAGCAACCGUUCCUGAGAUCCAAAGAUCAAGCCUCGCCCCCACGAUCCUUCAGCUCAAAGCCCUAGGUAUCGACAACAUCGUCCGUUUCCCCUUCCUCACCUCCCCACCAGCCGAACUCAUCAUCCGCGCCCUCGAACUUCUCUAUUCUCUCGGCGCCCUCGAUACCUACGCCAAACUCACCAAACCUCUCGGAACUCGUAUGGCCGAAUUAGCAGUCGAACCCAUGAUGGCCAAAACUCUCUUAUCAGCCAGUUCUUUCAACUGUCUUUCCGAAAUUCUCACAAUUGCCGCCAUGACUUCUGUAGGAGGUAAUAUCUUCUACAACGAUUACGACGAGAAAAAGGCCAUGGAGACUGCUAAAUGGAAAUUUGCUGUUGAGGAAGGUGAUCAUAUUACUUUACUCAAUAUAUACCAAUCCUUCAUCACCAAAGGCAAAAAACAACCUCGAUUUUGCCACGACAAUUAUCUAAACUUCAAGGCCCUAUCAAAAGCCAUCAGUAUCCGCGCCCAACUCAAACGCUACCUCGAACGCUUCGGUAUCUCGAUCGACGAAACCCUCUCUUCCUCUUCAAAUCCAAAUAUGCUAUCAGUAGGUGGUCCAGAUAAGAGUGAACAAAUACGCAGAUGCCUAACAACUGGAUAUUUCGCGCAUGCGGCCAAAAUGCAACCAGAUGGUACGUUUAAGAAUGUGGGGGGUGGAACGGUAUUAUAUGCUCAUCCGAGUAGUUUGAUGUUUAAUCGGAAGUGUGAGUGGGUGGUCUUUAAUGAGGUGGUGGAGGUGGGGGGUAAGGUUUAUAUUAGAGAUUUGAGUAAAAUUGAGAGGGGGUGGUUGGUGGAGUAUGCGCCGGAAUUUUAUAAGAUGGGGAAGUGA